CAAUGAGAACACACCAUCUGUAAACAUGGCGUCUGACUCUAGAUGGAGAUGUGUAACGCUAGUGCUGCUUUUGUGCACAUAUUUCCUUUGUAUAUUAGCGAUUGACAGUAAAGAUAAGCCAAAGAAAAAGAAGGAUAUCCGGGAUUACAAUGAUGCAGAUAUGGCACGGCUCCUGGAACAAUGGGAGGAGGAUGAUGACAUUGAAGAAGGUGACCUCCCGGAGCAUAGGAGGUCUCCUCCUCCCAUUGAUUUCACCAAGGUUGAUCCCUCCAAGCCAGAGGAGCUGCUCAAGAUGUCCAAGAAGGGAAAGACUCUGAUGGUUUUUGCUACAGUCUCAGGGGAUCCCACUGAGAAAGAGACAGAGGAGAUCACAGGCCUGUGGCAGGGCAGCCUCUUCAACGCCAACUUUGAUAUACAGAGGUUUGUGGUGGGCUCCAACAGGGUAAUCUUCAUGCUGCGAGAUGGUAGUUUGGCCUGGGAAGUCAAAGACUUCCUUGUGGCCCAGGAGCGCUGCAUGGAUGUUACCGUAGAGGGACAGGUGUUCCCUGGGAAGGCUGCUAAGAAGGAAGAUGCCAAAUACAAGCAGCAGAAUGAUGUCAAUGCCAAGAAGAACAAGAAGACGUCAAAGAGCAAGAAGCCUGACUUGGAGGGGAACAGUGCCAGCCAUCUGAAGCAGGAGCUGUGAUGGAAUAACAGAGGAAGAUGGAAGAGUCACAGGUCCUUUCUUCUGGCCUUAGUUGUGAGGGGCUGCCGGACCACCUUAUGUUGCAGUGGUUCAGAGUCAGUGGUAUGAGUGAAUGAAGACCUGCAGGCCACUGAGCUGGUAUAAUAACAUGUUGCAAUGACAAAGCUUGAUAAGUACAAUUUUUUUUUUUUUUUCACAGAGUAGUCACAAGCUCAGAACAUCGGUUGUAAAAUCAGCACUGUCUGUUUUGUUUAAUUUUUGUUGAUAGAUUAUCACUAAAUGAAAAGGCAAUCAAAGUAUGGAUUAUUUACCUUUUAUAUUAUUUUUCUGUGCCAAGACCCCUGUUAGGUACAGGAAGUUAGUCACUGAUCAGACCUUUAGGUCCAGUUAUGUUUUUAUUCACAUCCAGCAUCAUUAAAAGAUUUGAUUCAAAGGUAGCACUCACAGUUUCUGUUUAAUUUUUCACUGAAUAUGAAAAUAAACAUUUUUAUACUAUCAUAUCA